AUGUCUUCUGCCGCCGCGGCACAGCUGCAGCGCCUGCUAGACGGGUACGUCUCUGCGAGCCUCGAUGGUCAUGAGAGGAAGCUUCUUCCAAACGGAAACAGCGCGUAUGCCAGGAGCUCGCAUACAUUGGCUCUUGACGCAGCAGAUGUGAUGAGCUGCCUGCCGUUUUUUGCGUCGGUGCUCGGUGCUGCUCACAGCAGCGCCACAUCGCGAAGGGUAGUGCGACUAGCUCCUUCGCAAGCAUUCAUGGCAACGACCGGUCCCGUUACGCGGCCGACGGUCGAAGAGGCAAGGGCUAGCGACGCUUUAUCAUCGUUUAUUCUCUACCUUGGCGAUGUGGUGGAGCGGCACCUGGAUGCAUUCAUGUUGGCUGUCUCCGUUGGGCCCCCGUUCUCUACCCUGCACUUCGCAGUCGAGCUGCGACACGGCAACGCCUCUGACGGGAGGAGCAAUAAGGAGAGCAGCUGGCAUGAUUGCAGCGUGAGCGAACGCGGUCACCGCGGCGGGGGUGGUCCGUAUGUGAACUUCGUCGCCUGGGUGGCGUUGGAGGUGUAUCGUCUCUUGGCGCGAGGUGCCGAGUCUCGUCAGCGUGAGCGGCGCGCUGCCGGUGGUGCCACGUCCGCGGAUGCCGGGGCCCGCACAGACGCGUAUAUACGGUGGGAGCGUGAGAUCGGGGAGCGUGUGUCUGCUGCCGUGGCUGCCGUGCAGCAGCUCGGGACGAAGCGCACUAACUGUAGCGAUGUGAGCUGGCAAGAUAUGCUGCGGACUAUUUCUUCUGCACCCGAUGCACACCUGGACGACGUCUUCGCCACUCACCCACACUUUUUCUACCUGUUCAUGUGCACUGAACUUCUCCCGGACCUUCAGUGGCGCUUGCGCAGGUGCGGCGAGCCGCCUCUGGUGAGGCUGCGUGAGGCGCUGCGGAGUACUGCGGCGGUUGCACACACGGACGACCAGCAUCCAACUUAUCAAACGGUAUCCUUGUCGACGGCAUUUUGGGCAGACACUGUACUGCUUCUGUGCGGCGAAUCAACUGCAGCUGCCAGUCGUAUCGGCGCGGAGACGGCAAUGUGCAACGAAAGCGGUUCCACUCCUACUGCUACUACCCCUGCGCAAACGUCAGUCUUCGUGGCAGCGGCGGUGGCGUCGUCGCUGGCAGCACCCCUCUUGAGGCCUGCGUGCCACUGGAUCGAUCGAAUCGCCUCCUUUACUUCAGCGGCGCCACACUCACAAGGGUAUCCCGUAGUGACUGAGGAGCAGAGUCGUGCCCAGGCAGUCAUGCACAUACUGGACGUGUGUAUGCGUUCUUUGCAGCUGGUUCCGUUGCCCAUGUAUGACGGUUGCGAUGCGGAUAUGCCGCUCAGCCUUGGCAGCUGCGAAAUGGCAGGGAGCUGGCUGAUACCGUCAACGUCGUCGCCGCUGCAUGUCCGACCCAUGCCGUUGUUCGGGCUGCAGAGACAACGGCGCGCUGUGGUGCUGCCGGGGUUGUCGAUUGCCGCCACCCGCAUCCGCUCGCUGGCUGCGGCGUAUUCGGGGAAGGCGAGCAUAGUCGACGCUGCUGCGCCGGACGUGUCAGCUCCCGCUGGCACAUGUGUGUGGUCGCCGGCGGGUUCAUUGGCACAGGUGCUGUGGGCAGAGACGCAGCUGAGUUCCUCAGCUGUGUCGCCAUGCUGCGACGACACCAAUGCACCUUUCACAUCUGUCAGCGCAGUGCCGAACUCGAGGUUGUACCCGGUGGAGUUGCUGUUGCUGUUCGAGGACAUGCCGUCUGACGCGGAGACGUUGGCCCGUUUGCGGGCCGCGCUGGAUGUCGAGGCACGCGAGGGAUGGGUCGUUCUGGCGGUCCAAGCCUCGGUGCCGAAAGCUGCGCAGCAGUGUAUAGAGUCUACUUGGGGCACAGACGUGCGCCCUGUCCUCCUCCUCAGCGCUGUCGGUCGAUGGGGGCUUCAGCAGUUGGCGUUGCGCUUCAAUGUGCAACCUAACACGUCCGCCACCGACUUGCGUUGUCUGCGCGGGGUGCGACGCGGUCUCUGUAGCGAUAGCGGUGCCGAUCAGCCUCAGGAGCGUCGAGGCUGCGGUGUUGCUGCGCUCCCGCUUCGUGGUCAGCAGUACGCGCCAUCGUCCUCCCUGUCAGCAAACGACGGUGCGCAACACCAGCAGCGUGGAAAGGGCUAUUCACGACACGCGCGCUAUGCAGCGGCCUUUGUCGAGGAGCGGGAGCACUACCUGUUCGUGGUCGGAGAGCGCACCGAUGCAUUAGAGCCCAGCAUUUGUAAUGCUUCCGCAGCGAUGGAGUCGGAGCGCACCACUGGCUCGGUAGCCGAUUGCGCUGCGGCCGUCUCUCAAGCGCGGUCAGCCGCCUUGCAGCUGCAGUCCUCGCCGCCAACACUGUUCCCACCCACCAUAUCCAUGCACUUUCGCGACGACUCGGGGGAGUCAAGCAGCAGCGAGUCGAGCGACUCCCGCUCCUUCAGCAGUGGAUCCACCUUCUCUGACACAACGACAGCGGCAGCCAUGGCGGCAGGCGGGUCUGACGAACGGGUGAUGCGGGCGUGGUAUGGCGACCCAGCAGUGCCGCCGAUACCCUUCGUUGUGGCGAGUGUCCUGGUUGGGGCGGCCACCAGGGGAGCGCAGCAGGAGUUGGUGUACGACAUCGGCUACCACUGGCGCCUUCUGCUGCAUCAGCUAGUUCUACCUGAGCCGCUUUGCGGCCGGGUGCCCACGAGCGGCAAGCGAGGGGCAACAGCCAUGGCGAUCCGUAAGUUGGACUCCUUGCUGCAGUCACCUCUGCCAAACGAAUGCGCCUCUGCAUCCCUUGCUGGGGUACCUACGGCGUACACCCCAGAGCAGCUGCGUGUGCUAGGCGCCCUGAGGGACGCCCUCUUGUCUUACGAGCUUCUUUCUCUGCAGCAUGGGCCGGAGGGGCGCACGCUGGAUGAGUCGUGGCAAGUGCUGCAGGGUUACACAGAACCCCCCACAAGUCCGUGCGAGGGGUGCACAAAGGCACCGGCCGAGUCGUGGCUCGCUGUCCAAAGUGCGUAUUUGGCAGUGGCCGAUUGCCUGGAUGAGCUCUGCCUCACUGUCGUCCUUGGCGGCGGCAAUGAUGCAUCCGCGAACAACGGCGCGUCUCAGGACAGCGCCACACGCGGCCUCUACUUCUUCCCUGUGAUCUGA